GCGGGGGAGGGUGCACUUAAAGGUUUACACGGAUCAUACGGGUGGACGUAUGUACGGGGAUCGUCGACGAUGCCGACGGGUCUCGCUGCAGCACGGCUUACCUGUUGAUAAUCGGGCACGAAUCUGGCGCGGGAGAAUCGGCUGGAUUCUCGGGCGAGCACCUCCGCCGGAGCGGCGGUGUCCUCGGUGAGUCGCGUCACGUGUACGCGCGAUCGCGCGUGUCGGCGGGUGUUUUCUCGUGUGCCGUUCACGGUGAGCGCUUUUCAUACAGAAAACCCCGUGCGCGCGUGGUAGUGCCGUUGGCGGCGAGGUGUACUACGCGCCCGCCCGCGUUCCGCGUGCCUUAAUGACCGGGAGACAAGCGUUGUCAUUACUCGCGCCGCUCGCACGUAGUACGGGCCGGACCGGCAAUGCUGCUGCUGUUGCUGCCGCUGCUUCUGCCCGCUCGCACGCGCGAAUUCUAGAAGCUUCGCGCGCGACCCGGACCAUCGCCACCAGCGACCGUUGUUGCCCCAUCGUCGGCGGUUACCGCGAGGAGGACGAUUGAGAAAGAUGUAAACAGUGUGUUUGUUCGGCACGUCGACCCGAGGAACGACUCUCCUGAGGCUACCUACUCCGCCCCCCCCCCUCCCGAGGGGUAUUUUUACUCUUUGCGAAGCGGCGAUCGCACGUCUUUCACGGCCGUGAGGAUGGCGGUGCGCAUCACGUUGGAAUGCGGGCACACGUCGAUGUUACGUAUGCGCACCACUCCCGAGGGAUACACGCACGACUGGGAGGUGUUUGUACGUGGUGUGGAUAAUACAGAUAUACAUCAUUACAUCGAGAAAGUGGUAUUCCUCUUGCACGAUACGUUUCGGAAUCCUAAAAGGGUGCUGAAAGAGCCACCAUUUGUAGUGAAAGAAUCCGGCUAUGCAGGCUUUAUAAUACCGAUUGAAAUUUAUCUGAAAAAUAAAGAUGAACCCAAGAAGUUUCAAAUACAGUACGAUCUGAAUCUGCAACAAAGUGGCCCGCCUAUUAACAAGACCAUACGUCAUGUAGAAGUAAUCCGUAAUCCUUCGGAUGACUUUAGGAAAAAGCUGUUGAAAGGCGGAGCUGUUGUAGUAUCUAGUAGAGAUGGAUCUCUAGAGAAAAGUGAUACAAAAACAUCCGCGAUGGUUGGCAAGCCAAAAUUAAAUGGCAACGAAAACAAGAAGCACCGCAUUACCGAGUCUAAGACUUCUAACUCGUUUCACGAUCUGUUUGGCCCUCCCAUAAAGACAGCGCCUGUAAAGAUAUCACCGGAUAGCAAGAAGACAAGUCAGGCUGAUAAAAAUUUAGUUCCUAAACCUAUAGCCAUUACCGAAAAAUCUGACAAAGUGGAUAAAACGAUUAAAUCAAAGGAAAGUCCUCAUAAAGAUAGUAGAAAAGACAAAAUAGACGAGAAGAAAGACAAAAAGGUUAGGGAUAGUUCUAAGGAUCAACUCAAGAAUAAAGAGAAAUCCAAAAGACCACCUAGCCCUGGAAACAAAAGUCAUUUGAGUCCAGGUAGCAAAAGACCAGCAUCCCCCGUGGCUAACAAGAAACCAUUAAGUCCUUUGUUAUCUACAAAGCGGCCUUUGUCUCCUAAACCAAAAGAAAAGGAAACGAAGAAAAUUGCACUGGAAAAAGAGAAGGAUAAUAAAGAGAAGGAGAAGAUAAAAAAUAACUCCAGAAGUGACGUAGAUUCUUCGAAGUCUGAAAAGAAGAAAGACAAGAAGAAACACAAGGAUGACAGGGACAAAGAGAGGAAGGAUAAGUAUAAAGAGUCGGAGAAAGGUAAUGCUAAAGAUGUCCCGAAAGUGAUCGAGAAGAAACCUGAAAAAGCUGAAAAAGCGGAGAAAUCGGACAAGGAGAAGCUCCAAGAGUACAAAUCAUCAAAAGACGAUAGAAAAUCUCCAAAGUCCGGAAAAGAGAACGAUAAGCUCAAAGAAGAGAAGCUGAUAAAAGAGAAAUCUGAGAAAAAUGACAAAUCAGAAAAAACAAAGGACGGCCGAUCUGAUAAAGAUCGGCCGAAACACAAGCACAAAAAGAGGGAGAAAAAGGAUAAGCGAGACAGCAAGGACCGCGAGAAGAAGGAGAAGCGCGACAGGAGCAAGGAGGAACUCGAGAAACAGAAUAACGCGGCUUCUCUAACCAGAAAUCCAUUAUCAUCCGUUUUGACGGAGAUAAAAGAGGAGAGAGACAGCAGCGAUUCGCCACCUUCGCCGGUGGAUGACGAUUCGUUACCUGAAAACAAAGCCAUGCUUAAUAUAAAGAAGGAACCGCAGGAGCUUGCAGUAAUAUCCACUAUACCAACGGAAACGGCAAAACCACUCUCCCCCGGUAUGUCGGUGGAGAUCAAGAAGGAGAAGAGCGAUCGCAGUCGACGGGACAAGUCCAAAGGGGGUAGAAGCGAGGAGAGAGAAAAUCGGAAAAGAAAGAGAAGCAAAGAGGACGAAGAAGUAGCCCCGAUAAAACGUGAGAAGGGCAGAGGUCAAUCGACUUCGCCACCCUUGGAGCCGGUCUCGUCGAGCCAGUCUCCCGUCGCGAUGGACGUCGAUUCUGUUCAUCAUUCGGAAAAGGAGAAGAAGGAGUUCAAGAAGAAGGACGGUCACGUCGUCAACACCGCUGACAGCAUGGUAAACAGCAGGGACAACGAUCCUGAACAAGUAGCCCCGGACUCCACGAACACCACCGACGCGGACAUCAGUGAGCCGCCAGUGUUCUCGGAGGAAUACGUGUCGCAGUUGAAGGAUUUGCAACAAAAGAUAAUGACAUUGCAAGAUAAUGACGAGCUGCAAAGAGUCGUGCAAGUAAUCGCGGAAACUGGCCAUUACGAAAUCACCAAGAAGACAUUUGACUUCGAUCUGUGCGCAUUGGAUCGUAGGACUGUGCAACGCCUCCAACAGUUUUUCUCUGCGUCGUGACCAUCUGUAAUGUAAGGCAUGACAUGAUUAAUUUAUAUAGAUAUAUUUAUGGAAAAAAAAAUUAUAAGGUCGUAUUUAAAAGACUAUUAAGUCGUACAAUCAGCGCAGUUGACUUUUUAAUUAGAAAGUAAUAUACUUUUGAGACCCCAAAAGAAUUUUUGACUACAUUUUUCAUUUCGAUCAUAUCAUUGCAAUAACUUAUGUAGAUUAGAGAUACACCAUUCGCAGUAAUUUGUGCAAGACUUGUGAUAGUAAGUACAAUAUGUAAAAUGAAAUAUUUUUUUAUAAUUCUUUUUUACAAUUAUUAAGAAAUCAGCGAUUGCUGUUUGACAGCAAUAUUGGCAUAAGAUCUAACAAAAUUUCUCAAGUAAAUGCGAUAGCGAAGAUCAAGUAGAAUCUGUAAUAUCGCCCAGCGCAGAUUAGCGAUGAAAAUCGAGUAGAAUCUGGCUGUAUUCUGCCGACUGCGCUGACGCAUUCUAAAUGACAUUGAUAGCAGAUUGAUGUGCAGAAAUGGAGCAGAAUCUACCGUUCAUUUGCCUUUAUAUUAUGUUCAAUAUAUUCUGCUUGAUUUUUGCUGCUAAUAUGCUUCUCUCGGCCUUUGCCGUCUCGAUUAUCCUUUAUCCUCUUUUUUUAUUUUACGUUUCGGCUGACCUUUAUUAUAUUUACUAUCCUCUAUUUUCCGAUUGUUGGUGUAAGAAGGCAGGUGUGCAACAUUGUGCACAAUGUCGGAUGAAUAAAAUUUGAGACAAAUUUCUAAUUGAUGGUAAAUUUCUAAUAGCAACUUUAUAUUGGUUUUUAACAUUUUGAACAAAUUUCUGAUUGGUUGAAAUAAAGUGACGACUACGCAUCCUUAGAAGUGUUUCACCUAUCUUUUUACAUCAACAUGUUCCGAUCAGAGAAGACGCAUUGUUCUAUUUUUCAAAUUCAUUAUUGCUCCUGUUGCGUUUCUCCUUUUUGUUUUGAGAUCUUUAUUGGCUCGCUUCUCUAUUUUUUUCCUUUUUUUGUUUGCGUUUUGGCCGAUGUUUAUCAUAUCGACUAUCUUUCGUUUUUCUGACUUUAUUUUUGUCCGAUUUCUCUUUUAUGAACUUAUCGUCUUUGUCUUAUCAUUUUCUUUUCCGGACUGUGGAGAUUUUUGAUGAUUUAUACUCUUGGAGUUUCUCCGCGUUCAAUUUCUCUGCUUUACUUUUUCAGUUUUUCGACUUCUCCGACUUCUCUUUUAUCGUCUUUAACUUUAUCAUUUCUUCUUCAAUAUUAAAGCUUUUAAAAAAAUUUACUUUUAAUUUCGUCAGAAUAUAUAAAAAAUAGUAGUCUAUAGUAGAAUAUCUAAUAUUUAACAUCAACAGUUUUUGUUAUUGAUGACUAAAAUUUAACUUGUGUAACAAAUAUAAAAAUUUUAUUUAUAUAAAGCGCGAAACGUUUGUAAGAUGUGUAAAUGUCCAACUAGGUAUUAUAAAAGACGGCAACAUAGACCUAACGACAUACAAUUUAGAUACAAAGAUAUAACAUAUAGACUAGAGAUUCAACAUAAAAGAUACCAUAUAUACAAAGGUACAACAUUUAAAGAAGCCCAGCGUAUAAAGAUUUAUUCAAACAUUUAUUCAAGACAGAUAGAAGAUUAUAGAAAACAUAUACAAAGAUUUAGCGCUUCGCUAUGUUUUAUAGUAUUUGCAAUGUUCUUUUGGGGUAUUUAAAAUCGUCUUGAUAAUGCAUUUAUUAUAUUAUAUAUGGACACAAGAAAGUUGAUAUAUAUUGUAUCACAUGUAGCACUGAUUUAGUAAUACAAGAAAAACUAUUUGUAAGUAAUUGAAUAUGAUCAUAUAUGUAUAUCAUAUUUGCUUUGUAAUACAUAUAAACGUAUACAUUUCCCUUCUUUUUAAAUAUUAUAUUACAUAAACAUUUAGAUCAUUGCAAGCCUAGUAUUUCUGUGUUUAAUAGAUGCGUUAUAUAGUCUAAUAUAAUAUAAAUAAUUAUAGACUAAUAUUUUAUGCUAAACAUAGAAAUAGCAGGCAAUGAUUUAGUAGUGUUUACUGUGAAAAAAUAUAUAUCUACACGUAUUACAAAGGAGAUAUAAUAUUCAUAUUUAAAAUGAUCUAAUGUAUUGUGUAUUUAUAUAUGUAUUAUACAAGAUAUAGGAAAUGAAAGAGUUAUGGCAUAACUCGUGUGAUGUUAAGAUACAUUAGAUAAAAUAUCGUAAGCAUCUCUCUCUUAAGAAAUUCUCCCGAAAGAAAUUAUGUCAUAUUUUCUACUUGCAAAUUGUAUUAUUGACACAGUUCUGUCGAACACACAGAGCGUAUUGCUACUAAAUUUUUUAAGAUUAUGGUUGCGAUUGUAAUCAUCUUGGUAUAAACUCGAUACCAAAAUUUAGAAUGCUGUAUGAAUGUAUGUAAUCGUAUGCUGCAUCAGUUCACUUUUUUUCGCCUCUCGUCGCUCUUUUCCUUUUAAAUGAAAAUAAAUUUUAUAUUAAUUUAGUAUUGGUGUACUUAUGACACUAUAUAUCACGUAAAUUAUCUUCUUUACACACAUUUAUUUCGUAACCCAUUAAUCUUUCAUUUUCGCAGCGUCGAAAAAUGUAUAUAGUACAACGAUGUAAUCUUGCAUCAUAGAUCAGUCAUAAUGCUACGUGCAAUUGAUCACAUCAACCUAAUCUAAUGUUUUUGAUAAUAUAAAGAAAGAAUAAAUGAUGAAAUAUGUGUAUAUUUAUAUAAAUUAAGGCGCUAUGUAUAGUUCUUUUUUUUUGUGGCAUGCCAUUCAUAAGAAUAUUAACAGAGAGCGUGAAAUGUCACGCGCUUUUACGCAGUUGUAUUUCGAAAAGUAUGUUGUUGUCUAUCGAACUAAAUGUAUAUAUAUAUAUAUAUACACAUGCGUGCGUAUAUGUAUGUUAUGUGUGCUUGUCGAUUGAAAUACUCAAUGUUAUGUCGUUCUGCAUGCAUUGUCGUAACAAAAACACGAAUAAAUGAAAGAAUGUCCUUCCGAUGUCGCAUCGAACGUCUUAGGAAUCUAACAUCUUUUAAUUCUUUUUUUUUUUUAGAAUAACAUUUUAUUUUAUAAUUUUACGCGUUCACGAGAACGUUUUAUCGUUCGCGAUAAGAAUGCACUCGUGUUUAUAUUACCAUUUUAUUUACAUUUCUUGUUCGACGAUAUAUAAAUGCUGAUGUUUAAAAGACUUCUUAUUUUAUUAGAUAUUAUAGCAGGAGAUUCUAAGGUCUUUCGUUUUUAAUUUCUACCCAAAGAUGUGCACAUGCAUUCACAAGUAGAUCUAUAUCUCAGAAAAUUUUACAACUUACUUGAGAACGAUACUUACAUUGUCACGUGAGAGGUAAUACUGUGGGAUGUUAAAGAGUGAAAUCGUUUUUUUCGUGUUAUGCAGUUUCGCACUCAUAAAUCGGAAUAUCAUUAUAUGAAUGCGGUUUUUGCCAUAUUGCCUGCUAGUAAAUUAAUUAACUCACAUAUUUAUGACAUAUUUAAUAGAUUACUGCAGAAUGUCGCGGUUUGAUUGCAAUUCGUAAUUAAUUUCAUCGACACCGUUGUUUAUUGAACCUAUCUUCCUUUCUUUUAACUUCCAUAUCUAAUCGCAUGAUCGGCGUUAAAGUACAAAGACUUUUUGAACUUGUUUUGAUGAGUGUGUCAGUUGCGACACAUAUGUUCCCUACAACACACAUUAAGGCGCUUUCUUCGUGUAAUCAAAUAGUAAGGUAUUUUUUACAUCGUUCAGAAGAGACAGAUAAAAUGAUAAGGCUAGAUGUAGUCUUUUUUAGAUGCCUUUUUCAAAGCGAACUUUUUGUUAACAAUUUUGCGAAUGUCGAUAAAAAUCCGAUGCCGAUGUGUUAAAUCAACGUCGCGCGUGCAGAUCGAAGAAAAAUCUAUGUCACGUUAUAUAGAGCAUCCUAAAUAUCCACGGAUACUUCGGAUUUAUAAUCUGAGACAUUCAUAAAUGCUUAUGAAUUGCAAUAGUACACGCAUUUUUAUCGUGGUGCGCAGUCGGAUAUAUUGCUGCAUGAUUACGCAAUCUUUUGCUACUUUCAUAGAUCGUCUUCUUGUUUACCGCGUUAACUACGACAGCCUUUUAAGGUCGCAAAUUCUAUUUAAUAUAAAGAUCACUCUUUAUACGUUAUAUCGUGGAACUGAAUAUCGUACAUCCACAAUAAUUUAACGUUGAAUGUAUGGAUUAUUGUUGUUUAUAAACAUGUUCGAACGGUGAUAUGCGAUGUACGUUAAUAGUAGUACUAUGCGACGUAUGCGUCUGAUUGUGAGUAAACUCGAUCUAAUCAUUAUAGCAUAAUAUUUAAUUGCAUAUGCGUAGAGUGGCUAAGGUCAUUGUAUUUGCGGUUUUGUAAGAAUUUCUAGAUCAAUGUUAUGUGAAGCUUAUAGGGUGCACAAAUAUCAUUUCUCACGAGUCUUAUUUGCGUUGUACAUAGUAGACGAAGGUAGGCGUGUGGAAUGAGAAGUGCUCUGAUGACUUUGGAGACAUAGUACAAGACAAAACUGCUCGAUUUAUAUCCCAUUUGAUGAUAUACGUUCUAUGUACAUUUAUUAAAUAUAUUAAAAAUAUACUAAAUGUCUUGAGAACGAUUCAAAUGCUUUUUAACACUUAAUAUAAUAUAUAUCCUAUGAAAUAUUCGCUUAUUAAUUGUUUCUCAAAUUGUGCUAUGCCGGUAAAAGUAGUAUUUCUGCAAAGAGAUUGUAACUAAAAAAUCAAAAUGCAAAUAUUUUGCGAAAUAUUUAUUUAUAAACUUAGAAUAUUUAAAGUUCCGAAGUGAUAAUUUUAUCGCGUAUUUUAUAAGAAUAAUUCUUUUAUAUUAGAAAGAUAUAGGAUAGUAUUCCUGUACGAAGGGGUUGGAACUCGUAAAUCAAAACACAUGUAUUUUGAGAAUUUCUUAGAAAUUAAUAUGAUAAUAUACAAUUA